AUGGCUCGCCCACUACUGCCGAUCCUGCGCCGGGGCGCCCCGGCAGAGCGUGUUUUUUCCAGGGAGACCGCAGCUCAACCUGAGGCAAUGGCGGCAGUCGCUGGAGGUGCACCUGGCGGCCUCAUGCUGCCACUGCGAAAGAGAUCGGUGAAUUUUACAGAGAGUGCGCCCACUGCGGCUCCUGCCUGUAGCCCGCGAGUCGUGGGUAGCAGCUCCGCUGCCGAGUCUCAAAGCUCUCAGCCUUUCAUUGCGCUGACCAUUGCACCCUCGCCCACGGACUCUGCAUCCAAACCUUGCACCACAACCGCCGCUUCCAUCCUAGAGACGCCAACAGCACCGUAUGUGGCACUUUCAGUCGAGCCUUCUCCAACAGCGUUUGAGAGCCCUGAAUCCAAUUGGCCGGAGGACAUCGCUUCUGGAUUCUGGAAGAGUCCGUCCUACGUCGCCAUCCAGGUUGGAGGUAGCCCCAGAUGUGCUCCGGAGGGCUUGCAAGAGUACCGCAGUGCUUCACCCACCACAGCGGGAACAGCAAGCGGACAUGAUUCACCUCGAGAAGAAAGCUUCUGGAAGUGCCUCCUGGGUACAAGCCCUUCACGGAUCCGCUGGGGCGUUAUGGGCAGGCUCAGCACCAGCCAGUCCUCUCCAACAACAACGCCUGUCAAGGCAACCCACGCCAUUUGA